AAUUGUUCGUCAUUGUAGGAACAGCCAUUGGAAACGAUAAUUCGGAACAAACAGGAGAAAAUAUCCAGAAUUAUAUGCUCUGGAAAACCCUAACUGAAGUUUUGAUUACAUUAAAGUGCCAUCGUGGCUUAAGUUAAGAUAUUGAAGUAUUGAUUAAACAAAAAAAUUGACAAUUUAUGGGCCAGAGUACCAUAAUUUUAUGCCAUAUUCUUAGGGUAUCUCGGGUGAAAAUUUUCAUUUUUAUGGACAUCGGGCGAUAUCAACGCAUUCCUGAGAUGUAAUCAGUGAAGUUCAUGACAAAACUAUCAUUGGAAAGGACUAAAUAGACAUCAUGAGUGGGCGACCAAGGACUACAUCUUUCGCAGAAGGUGGCAAAGCGGGUUCACAGCCAUCCUUCGGCGGAAUGAAGACAAUAAGUUCAAGUAGUAAAGGGAGGGGUAAAGAUGGUAAUAAAGUAAUCACAGUCCUUGCGACGCGGCCCAGCGAGGGAACCGAGACGACGCGGGAAGUAUCGUACACGGAUGCCAAAGUAAUAGGCAAUGGUUCAUUUGGUGUGGUAUAUCAAGCCAAACUCUGUGAUUGUGGGGACCUGGUCGCCAUCAAGAAAGUCUUACAGGACAAGCGGUUUAAGAAUCGAGAAUUACAGAUCAUGAAAAAUUUAGAACACCAAAAUAUAGUCAAACUUCGUUAUUUCUUCUAUUCAACUGGAGAGAAGAAAGAUGAAGUGUUUCUAAAUCUAGUUUUGGAGUACGUGCCAGAGACCGUCUACAAGGUUGCCCGACAUUAUAGCAAGUCAAAACAGACGAUACCAAUAUUAUUUAUAAAGCUUUAUAUGUACCAGUUGUUCAGAAGUCUGGCUUAUAUCCAUUCACAAGGUGUGUGUCACCGCGACAUCAAACCACAGAAUCUGUUACUCGACCCGGAAUCAGGAGUUCUUAAAUUGUGUGAUUUUGGAAGUGCUAAAGUGUUAGUACGCGGUGAACCCAACGUGUCUUACAUUUGUUCAAGAUACUACAGAGCUCCAGAACUUAUAUUUGGUGCUACAGAUUAUACCUCCCAAAUAGAUGUCUGGUCAGCAGGCUGUGUGCUAGCUGAGUUACUGUUAGGACAGCCGAUAUUCCCAGGAGACAGCGGGGUCGACCAGUUGGUGGAGAUAAUCAAAGUUCUCGGGACGCCAUCUCGUGAGCAGAUCAAAGAGAUGAACCCUAAUUACCAGGAAUUCAAAUUCCCGCAGAUAAAAGCACAUCCAUGGGCUAAGGUAGGGGUGUUCCGGCCACGGACCCCGCAGGAAGCGAUCAACCUCGUUGGACGGUUACUCGAGUACACUCCUUCAUCCAGGAUCUCGCCACUAGAAGCUUGCGCACACAACUUCUUUGACGAGUUACGGGACCCAAACACGAGGUUACCCAAUGGGCGAGAACUGCCACCUUUAUUCAACUUCACUGAGCGUGAAUUGUCAAUCGAGCCAUCGUUAAAUACAAUUCUCGUACCACAUCACGUACGUGGUCAGGAUUCAUCGCAAACAUCAGCGACUCCUAUUGCCAAUGACACAGCGCCAUCUAGUGACAGUACAGGUGGCGCCACCGCAGCAAGUGGCACAGCAUGAAGCAACGAUGUCACUACGUUGAAACGAUUAGCCGAUCAUCCCCACGAACCUACGCAGUACUCAAAUGGUAUUCUCUCGUUGUCUGACUCAACAUUACUAGGAUACACAUGUGGAAUUUCGGCCGAGAUUCAGACAAUUUUGAUGUCAACUGCUGUAGGGUUGAUCUGGGGAAUAUUUGCCGCAGAAUGGUUCAUUUAUGAACGAAUGAUGGCACAUUGCCAAAGGAAGCUUGGUUACUAUGGUUAUUGUUACCAUGGUUGGCAUGGUCACCGUGCGUUUGUGGUCUGUCGAUGCGUGUGCAUGUGGUACUGGAGAUCAAGUGGUAUACUGUAUAUAGCUGUGAUAUGUAGUACUGAAGGAGGAAUAUAGGGGGCAUGGUGAUAAACAGUCGUGUGCUGUUGUGUUGCAGCCUUGGCGCGUGGGAAUCUCGCCACGUCGUCGGCUGGGUUCAGGGUAUCCAUUAAGAUCCAGGAAUUUGCAUUUUGUCAUCGUGAAUGUUCAUAUUUUCUAGAUCCAAAUGCUCGUUGCCCGUCGCCAUGGCUACAGGCAGCACCGCAUCACUUGUGCUCAACGUCAUUCUUCAUGCGUCAGAAAUCAUCUAAAAACACGUUUAUAAAUAGUGCACCAUUUUCAUUAAAUUAUUUGUGUGUUUGACGUUUGCAACUGUAGGUGGCGUUGUGAAUAAUCGAAACUGUUAUAAGUUGUGGAAUAAUUCCACAAGGUCUAAUCUGAGAUUAUAAAAUCUCUGUAACUAACAGAGAUAACUGCUUAAUCUAUUAAUCUUUUAAUCCCUUGUAAUAUAAACCCAACGGUCUGCGUCGGUGGAAGCUGGUGCUAUGACAUGAUAGUAGGAGGCGCUGCGCCCGGCCACCGACAUGACCCGUCCUCUCUACAAUGUCACAUACCCACCUGCCUCAAAGGAAAACUCUUCUAAGUUGCUGUGCAGCCUUAACAACAAUGAAAACAGUAGACCUCGCUUGGUAAAAUGGCUUACAGCUCUCCCAAGAAAUAGCUUGAACUGCUAGAGUAGAAUUGUUUUAUAAAUCCCUCUGCUAUUUUGGUAGUUAUGUGUACAUUUGCUGAGAAAGUAGUGUUUUCGUUUGGAAAACUUAAAACAUGGCUCAGGGAAAUGAAGCCAGAAGUCCCCUGAGUGGGCAAUACUGCCAGAAAACCUCAAAUAAAACCAGAAGAAACCUAAUACUCGCUUGAACUGGGUCUGAUGCAAUGAAAAGCAUUCCAUUUCGGCCUCAAAUUCCAAAAAGUUUGAUAACUGUACCCCCACAUGCUCCAUUAGGGACCAGUAUAUUGCACCAUGUGCUGCCUACCCUCAGCCCCAACAAGGAAUCAUUUAACUCUAUUUAGAUCUCAUAAUCUUGGCUUAAAAUAUUGCCUUGUUGAAGUUUCUCCCAAAUGAUCAUCAUCACCCAUUGACACGCAGUCAUUUCGCCGGAAUCUAAUUCUACCUCUACGUAUUAGAGUCAUCACAUUAUCAUAUUGUUUUGAUCAUGUGAGACUACACGCUGAAUGUUCCAACUGCAAUAGCCCAGGACACAGAAGCUUUCCAGCCAUAAGUUUGUAAGGGUCCGUCCGUUCUGGUAUUUACGCACAAUCACGGGACCUUUGACACCUCGGAGAUGUCUGCGCCACUAAAACACAGUUGGUUAAAUUAGCGUGUGCUACUUUUGCUGUCAAUGUUGAGGGGCUUUCAACAUCAUCUAUGUAGCCAGAUGUGCUCUGUGUGAAUGGUAUUGGACUGGGGUAAAAACAUCUUGUAUCUGUUGGUUGGAACUGGGAAAGUAGUUCUGUGCAAUAAAUCACGCCAUCACAAGUCUGAUCUAGAACCUGGAAUGUUGUUCGUCGACGUUUGAAAGAAAACGCCGGCCUCUCCUCCAUCCUCACAGUUAUAGCAGUAUACGGCUUGACCGCCCACCGACCUCUUGUUUAAUAUUGUAUGUAAUGAUUAUCUGAUAGUCUAAAAGAGGGCGUCCUCCUCUGUGAGUGACUAAUGCAGUAGCGUUGCAAUAUGUUACUGGAUGUUCUCAAGAAUUCAUCAUUUUCAUUUAGUAAGUUUCAAUGCGAUAAAUUGUUGAUGAGUUUGUUCAAACUUUUAUCAGAAUAACUGUAAACUUCAUCGUUGCAGAAAAUAGCAUUGUUACAGUGAAGAGACCUUCAAACUCUGAAACGCCCCCUAUAGUGGAAUCUUUUAACUAUUGAUUGUAAAUAAGUGUUGCCUUUUAACUUGUAGUGUCGUAGAGCAACUUCCUCGGAUAUACUUGGAUAUGUCAAUAUCUCGUCGAGCGACCAUUUUGUCUCGUAAACUACCCGUCCCCGGGGAUUUUAGCGUCGCUCGAUUUUUAAAAACAUUGGCGUCUGCUUCGGUUAAUCUUAGGUAUCGGGAUGACUGCAGCACCUAUCACCCCUUGAUAGUUGGAAUGAGUCCAACCACUCUAAUGCAUUUCUGUUCAUUGGGUUGGUUCAUUUUGGCAGUCCAGGGAGGUGAUGGGUGUAAUUAUGAUCUCUGAUCAGCUUUGUGUCACAAAGACAGACAACAGGGAAAGUUUCAAGGAAUUUCAGAACUCGGUGUUUCCCUCCUAAACUGAUUUCUAAACUUGACAAUUGCCUCUGAUUUCCCGAAGAUAUGUCAGCAUCAUCAGGUGGGCAAGAGACACACUGUUUCUUGCAGAACAUUUUAACUUACACUGUUUUUUAACUGUGCCAGAUGUGUUGGAGUGUGUUUGUGUGUGGAGCAUAUUUUCACGAAGAACUUGCCGUUUCAUCAACAUUCCUUUCACUUCAGUUUGAUUAUACAUCCAUUAAAUGGAUGUGUUGUUAUAUCUGGCGUUGCCACGGAAACCUCGUCAUUUCAUCUCGUCAUUACUUCAUCAUUAACUUAAACAAGUCUCGUCAAUAUCAAGUUCUUCGUGUAGAUAGUGCUGCAGUGCUGCCACCUUUGACAGCAGAAGGUGACAAUGUGAAUACAAGAGUAAAGUGUUGACAGUUAGAGUAACUCUGUUUCAUCCAUAUAUAGAUGACCUUUGACCUUAGAGUGUGUGUCCUGCUCACCAGGUGGCCUAUUGUUAUGUAUAGUAGAUUGUAUAUUAUGAAAUAUAUAGGUGGCGCUCUAAUCCCCCGGGAGACUGCAAAUCGUAAAAACAGUUUUAUUCUAUUAUCCUCCAUGAUUAUUGUACAUAGGUGAAUGAGUUGUUUUAUAACCGUUUCAUGGUACAACCUUUGCACCCCCACUUCCUUGAAUGGACUUGUCUAAUUAAUGCAAUAUUCAGUAUUCUGGGAAAGGACCUCGGAUACUGGGAUAGACUUGUCUAAUGCAUUAUUCAGGUGAGUCUAUUUUCAGCAGUGGGGGUGUGAUAUCAAUGAAUUGAAAAGGAUUCCUGGUCAGUUCACAUCAUGAGUAUGACCAUAUUUCAUUUUGAGUCCCAGUUGAUUAACUACAGGAGUCCUCUUGAAUUCUCUUUCUGGUCAAUAAGUGAAUAGUGGUGUCGGCUCAGGGGUGGGUUCUUUGCGUAGGUUGAGAGAAACUCCACCUCCUAUGAUCCAUUUGCAAUUUUUAGAACUGACCAGAAUAAUGUGUCUGUAUUUAAAGGUUCCCACUUUGAUAAGAUUCAAAGAUCAUCCUAAAUCAUCUAUGAUUUUAAGGGCAGUCUUGAGUCAUUGGUUAUUUUAAAAACGGUCCAGGUUUUCUUUUACCAUGUGCUUUACCACGUCUGAGAUCUGUUCUUACUGUUAUAGAUAACGUAGCCCAUCUCGGCGCUAGUGAAGCAGAGAUGUUUUGCUCUUCUUUAUUAAAUCUGUCUGAUUUUAGAAUGGAUCCUCAUGUCGUCCUGAUUUCAUGAAUGGAGUACCUUCGGUGGUGAGGUCCACUUGAGUACACGUGUGUGUGUCUCGCGUAACUUUUUUGUUGUUAACUUUGUUUGAUGGUUUAUUUUAGAUGGGUUUUACUCGGAUUUUAACGUUUGAGUUCUGCUCCGUUUGAUUUGGAAAUGAAAUGAAGUUGUGUAUGAAAUGCUAUGGACAGUCUUGUUCAAAAGGAAAUGUGGUCGAUUUUAGUUCAAAGCUUUUAAAAUGUUCAAUGCAUUCUUAUGAUAUUGUGAGAUGUUAAUGAGUGGAGAGGAAUGGCUUGUCUCCACAUAAGUGAUUUAGAGAGCAUUUCACACUCUCUUUGUCUUAUGUGGAGAUUGGCCCUAAACAAAUGCAUGAAUGUUUGCAGGUUGAUUCAGUUGACAGGAGUUUAAUUCUGAACAGGGCUGUACUCACAUAAUGUGUAUGUAUGAUAUAUCAAAUUUUUUGUUAACCAUGAAACUUGAGGGAGCAAGUGUGUGGGUUAGGGUUAGGAACUGAACUGGUCAUGAUGCUCUAAAAGACACUAUGAAAGCUGAUAGGGUGCUGUCGGAUACUGAGAGGCACAUUUGAAAGACUGAUUCUUUACCUUGGACUGAUCAACAGUCCGCUGUCAGGUUCUGUCGGAUGAUUCAGCUGGGUGCAGGGCCAUGGAUCUGCCUUCACCCAGGACAUCUUAGGGGUUAUUGUAUAACUCCUGGGUUCAGUCUUAAAAGGGUCAACACAACAUGAUGUCCGAGUCCCUCUCUGAAUCAGGUCAUUGUCAUAUAUCUGUUGCCCUUCUGUACAUACAUUAAUCAGUGAUUUCGUUGUAGUAAAACAUUUAUGAUUUCUGUCUAAUAAUUUAGAGGGGGGUCAGGUGUUGUGGUACCAUCUUCGUACAUGGAUUUGGCCGAGGCGCGCCCAUUCGGAAACAUGGCCAAGUCUCUGAAAGGGAUAACAUAUGCAGACUCAUUUAGAAGUCUUUUUGUGUAAAGACUCACUGUUUUGUUCAGAUUUAGAGACUUGACUUCUCCCUGAAGCUGGGUCAGGUUGAUUUUUCAUGCACGUUCUGUCCACAUAUAUAAUAUAUAUGGCCAAGUAUAGAUCUAUACUUGAUGUCACAAUAUAUGGCCAAGUAUAGAUCUAUACUUGAUGUCACAAAGGGAAACAAAUUGCUUUGGGUCGUCGGCAUACAUAUCUUUGGAACUCCCUGCUUUGAGGCACCUCGCAGUCCCCCCCCCGCACAUUGUGUGCCUGGUAGUCCAUGUAUAUACAUGACUUCUGACAUUACAAUACCCAUACAACCAUUUCAGGGUUGACCUGCUUUGACAUCAACGUGCUAUGGUGACAAAGCCGGUCGGUUCCACAUGGCAAUAUUGAUGUCUCUCAGCCAUUCUCUAUAACUCUCAUCCCCUCGUCACUGUAAACUUCUUUGAGUUGGCUCCCGUGUAUAAGCAUUGUACAUUUUACAUAAUACUUAAUAAAUGUUUCUAGAAGUAUCAAA